UUUUCUUAAAAAGCAAAAAUGAGAGCUUGCCCACCCAAAAAAAAAAAAAAAAAAAUCAGAUAUAAAAUCAUUUUACUCUGAACUUCUGAGUUUCUUGACCCGAGAAAUUAAGCCAUUCAGUUUCGCCCAAUUGUUAAAUUUUGAAAUGAGAGAUUGAGAUUGAACUGAUAAUUAAUGGGUCCUGAGGCGAACUCCGCAGCGGCAUCACCGUCUGCAACGACGUCGUCUCCUAGUGGGAAGCGAGCCAGAGAUCCCGAAGAUGAAGUUUACAUCGACAAUUUGCACUCUCACAAGCGCUACCUCAGCGAGAUAAUGGCGUCUAGUUUGAAUGGGUUGACUGUUGGAGACCCACUUCCUGAGAAUCUCAUGGAAUCUCCAGCAAGGUCCGAAGGCAUGUUGUAUCUAAGGGACGAGAUGUCAAUGCAAUAUUCACCAAUGUCAGAGGACUCUGAUGAUUCUCGAUUUUGUGAUGUCCCAUUAAACACAAGCUCAUCCCAAGCCGACAGUGCACCCUCUAGUCCAGUGUCUCCAUACAGAUACCAAAGACCACUUAGUGGAUUCUAUUCUACUCCUUCCACCAGCUCACACCCUUCACAUGGAUGCAGUGCCAAUGCCAUCACUUGCCCACAGCCUCGACAAAGAGGAUCAGAUUCUGAGGGGCGUUUCCCAUCUUCUCCUAGCGAUAUUUGUCACUCAGCUGACCUGAGGAGGGCUGCACUCUUGCGGUCUGUACAGAUGAGAACACAGCCUCUUGGUCCACCUUCUUUUGAAUUGUCAUUUAGUUCAGGGCAAGAGCCUGUACAUAAUAUGGAAUCUGAAGAGCGACCUUGCUCCUAUAUGAAGUCUUUAGAUGACGAGAGGGACUAUCAAAUUGAGGAGUGUUCUUCAAUGGCCAUCUCUGAGCCUGAAUUUAAUCGACAGAAGUCAUGCAGGGUGUUAAAUGUCGAUGUGAAGGAGGAUAAUUCUGUAGAUUAGCUGCUAAUGAGUUAGUAAAUGACAUUUCUAACUUUUUCAGGUGUCCCAUGCUGGUUUCAAGUAACUGUUCUCUAGGAUUUGCCAAUAGAUUCUGCUUGGUGUGCAUAAGCUAUGGUUGUAUAUUCGGAGAAGGCAAUGCAUAAUUGAUUGAAAUAUAUUUUUCUCGAGUUUGUUUGUAA